GGGUGGGGUCUUGGUACGCGCUCGGUUACGGAUUCGAAGAACGCGCCUCGAUCGCAGUUUCGUCGUAAAGUAGUGCGAGCGUGUGAGCAAUUCAAGACAGAAAUCACUCGACGCACCGACGGAAGAAAAUACGAGAGGCCAGCGAUGACUCGUCGCUUCUCCCGCUCCGCAGUGUUCGCGAUCUACCAUGACACGCUCGCCGAUACGUGAUCAGUCGAGCCGAAAGACGUUUCGCGACCGCGGAUUCGCCGAUUCCAUCGGGACAUCCGGACGGUGGACCUGCGAAAAUGGCGACAGUCGAGUAGACACUGUUACGCAAAGGAACCAGCGCCACUGACCACUGCACGUGGAAACACCGAGAUGUCGAGUGCGAGAUGGUCCCGAGUUGCUCUUUUUCGGAGACCCGAGAGAAGAGUGUUACCGACGAAGACCAAGGGAGAGGGUACAUAGAAGGAACGCGAGAGAGAAGGGAAAAAAGGGGGAAGGUUAGAAAGAGUUUUAUCGUUGCUCGCGAGGCUCCUUGUGCUCUCGAGUAGGUUCCCUCUUCUCCUCGCGUCCCUGUUCCCUUGCUCGUGGCGAGGAUAUCGCGGUUAGCUUGCUCACGGAUAUCCGCAUUGUUUCGCGUCAACCAGCCAAGUCAGCUGACCUACAUUGCACAGGCACCGGAGCAAAAUGGUAUAUCGAGCCACUCGAUGCUCGUCUACGGAAAACCACUCCGCGAUCCCGAGAGACCUUCUCAUCGAUGCCGCCUCUUCUCUUCUCUUCUCCGAUUCGUCAUCCUACGCCGGCAGCGUCGCCGCUACCCCUUCCAUCGACACGGCUUACGUUCCGCGGGGGAUUCUACGUGCGGAACGUCGUCGCGGGUUCUGCGUCGAUCGGUCCACCGAAGUCUGUCCAGCCUGCUUACCGAGAGUUCGCGAUACGAACUGCCGCGGCGGGACGUUCGACGAACAGUUGUUGUGCUCGCGCGGAAAACGAAAUUCCGCUCACCUUGACGCGUUCGCUGCCCCAUCAGUUGGAUAAACGCGGACCACGCUGCAUUUCUAACGACGUACACGAGGCAGGGGGAGGGCGGAAGGUUGGAAAAAUGCCCUCUUUUUACGGUAAUAGUUUCCAUCAGUGCGAGUCGAGUUAUUUACACGAGACUUUUUCUAUGUAUUACUGCCUAUGUUAGAGGACGAUGAUAAUUUUUAGUAAGGAUGAAUGUAUCGAGGGUUGACGUUGCUGACAUACUAGUUUAUGUAGACACUCUCGCUCUGUGUCCAAAAUAUUUCUUUUUUUUUUUUGUGUGUGUAUCACGUGACUAUGUUAUAUAGGAAUACCAUCGCUUCGCCUGCUUACUAAAUGCAGUAAAGUGAAAGCAAAAAUAUGCAACCCUCCCGCUCGAGUUUUUAUGUUUCUUGGUGUGUUGGGGGUGGCCCAGUUCCAAAACACGAAAAGGAACGAAUGUAAACUGUACGUAUGUAUGUCACUGCUGUGCUUCGUGUCGCACCAGUGGUUUAUCGGAAUAUUCGGCUGAUAACAUUACAAUUAUGCUGUGAUUGUUAAGUCCGCCAUUUAGCGAGUGCUCGGAUAAAAUAAAUUUGUUGUAUAAAAUAAAAUAAAAUAAAAAGCCGACCUUCGAAUGACCUGGAAUUGUAAAGUUUGCGUUAUCGGAAUGUAACGUUUUGAACGGAUGCCAAGACUGUUCGCAAUGCCUGUUUAUAAUCUUACGUUCAGCCAAUGUAAAUUUUCGUUUCAGGGUCGUUUUGAGAUCGUAUCCUCGCGAUUGGUGUAUUUUAGGCUCCUGGUAAAAUAGCAAUGGGAGUAGAAUGGUUGGACAGGACACACGAUGCCUUGCAUAAACUCGACGAUUUAAAGAGGUUCGAGCGAACACGGUUAACUUAUGAAUGGGAAUUCUAAUGAAGCCUUGCAGUACCGUUUAUUGAUGCAACUUAAGAACAUAUAAGAGAAUAUAUGUAUUUCGUUAUAAUAAGAAACACAAAUUUUCAUAACUUCUUUCCUACCAAUCUACAGACUUCCAAAAACAGACACAAAUAAAACUUGUGUAUAAACUUUCGUAUAAGGGAUAAUUUUACCCUAAAGCUAAGAAGUAGUAUCGACAAAAUCCAGUGUGAUUUUGAAAGUGGACCAAUGGGAAAACUCGUGCAAAAUUUCCCCAAAAUUAUAUACAUUCCGAGGGUUCGGUGUUUCCUUGUCAGAUAAAUCAGAUGUAAAAAUAAAACCGUUUCUUCCAACAAUACCCCUCGGAACGUCCAUGUUUCUACGACUGGUCUCGCCAUCCGGUUCGACCUAUCACCCCGAUCGAUGGGCAGGAACGACGCAGUGAUUGCGACAACGAUCGCCGAUUAAGGUCAAUCACAUCGACCAUUGGACUUUCGUCGUGGCUUUUCGUACAGUUUCGAUUCGGCAUCGCUCAACGACAUCGCGAACAGUCCGUCUCUUCCUCCUCCUCGGACGCCUUCGUUACCCCCCUCUUCCGACUUCCUACUAGUCCGCGUGCCGUACUAAAAAUAAGUUCAACACCGAGGCAACGUGUUCAUCGCACAACGCGAUGAAAGAGGAAAAACCCGUGGAAAGUAGCUACCAAGGAACGGAUGCACGUUACUCUGGACGCGGACGAUCUCUGUGAACUCCGCGAACCGGAAGAGGGUGGAAAGACUCGAGAAACGAAUGGCCAACGAGGGAUGAGGAGCAAGGACUCGGCAGAGAUCAUAUUUCAGCGAAAUGAAGGACCAUCCGUCGCGUGGUAUCACCGAUACGAGGUAAGACGACCCGCCUUCCCUUCGAUAAGACUCGACGCGCCAAGCGAUAAACGAUGGGCGCCGAAAACGUCGUCGACCAACAGUUUCACCGGCUACGGAUUCGCGUAAACCACAGCUCCCCAGUAAAUGAACUGGCGAAAGUGAAGCAACUUAACGCUGCGUCAAACUUGUUUCAGAACGGUCGCGUAGGAAUGUCAGAAUGAGAGGAGUUGCGCUACUGGGAGCGGUAAGAUCGGUCCGUGGAACUUUUCGGAGAACAAUCGUUCUCGUCUUCCUGGCGACAUUUCUUUGGCUGCAGCUGAACGUGAUCAGCCUGACUGGUCGAGACUCCGCUGCCCAAUCAUCCUCGAACGAAACCCUGUUCGCCCUCGUGCCCCAAGAAUUGCAUAGGUUCCUCAAGGACCGUCGAAAUGGCAGUUCUACGUCCCCGAACUCAACUUCCGAAGUGCUAACCGAGCUGGAAAUCGCAGAGAUACGACGCAACAUACAAAAGUCAAAUGCAGAGCAGAGGGUGUACAACGAGGAGGCGUUUGGUCCGCUGGCGCCGGACGCCCCCGUGAUAGUGGUCCAGGUGCACACUCGUCUCACGUACCUCAGACACCUGAUCGUGUCCUUGGCCCAGGCAAAAGGCAUCGAGCAAACCCUUCUUGUCUUCAGCCACGACGUAUGGCACCCAGACAUCAAUUAUCUCGUGCAGAGCGUCGACUUUUGUCGCGUCAUGCAAAUCUUCUACCCCCACAGCAUCCAGACGCAUCCUAGGACCUUUCCAGGGGAGGAUCCCAAUGAUUGUCCGCGAAAUAUUCGCAAGGAACAAGCAUUGAACCUGGGAUGCAUCAACGCCAAACAUCCCGAUCUCUACGGUCACUACAGAGAGGCCAAGUUCACGCAGACGAAGCACCACUGGUGGUGGAAGGCCAACCGUGUGUUUGAUCAGUUGUCGAUCAUGAGGAACCACACAGGCAUGGUGCUCUUCCUCGAGGAGGAUCAUUACGUUGCCGAAGACUUUUUACACGUUCUCAGACUGAUGGAACGGACCUGCAAACAUAGCUGCGAGCGAUGCAACGUGCUGUCCUUGGGCACUUACCUCAAGACGUACAAUUACUUCGCCGACUUUAAUCGAAAGUUCCUUGGCGUCACCAGCGCCCUGCAAAAGGAGCUCCUGCGCGGAUUAAAGAGGCGGGAAACAUCGGCGGGGCAGCAGGCUGCAAGGGCCGAGGGCAUCGGCAGCGGGGCAUUACCGAGCAGCAGCGUCGCCACCGGCACGAGCAGCACCGGAAACUCCAGUGUGAUCGGUAGCGGCACCGGUGGCGCCAAUUCCGCCAGUCGGAACGCGCUGACGGCGCAACCAGCUCCCGCAUGGGCUUUCCAGCUCCUGCCCGGUCUCUACAGUCAUUACCAAAAGGCCGAGGUAAUCCCUUGGAUCUCCAGCAAACACAACAUGGGAAUGGCGUUCAAUCGCGUCACGUGGAACAAAUUACGAAAAUGCGCCUCGCAGUUCUGCUCGUACGACGAUUACAAUUGGGAUUGGAGCCUUCAACACAUAGCUCAAAGCUGCGUGCCUCCUAGCAAAGGUGCUGGAGUUGCACCGCGAACCGAAUCUGGCCUGGUCACGAUGAUGAUGAGGGCGCCCAGGGUGUUCCACAUUGGAGAAUGCGGCGUUCACCACAAGAAGAACAACUGUGAAUCGACUGCCACGAUAGCGAAGGUUCAGAACGUGCUGAAGGCCGCCCAGGAUCAUCUGUUUCCUAAUCGGUUGACGCUCACCGUGGCUGGUACUGCAAAAAAAACGAAACUCAGGAAGGGCAACGGUGGAUGGGGCGACGUACGAGAUCAUCGACUCUGUUGGAACAUUACCGUUUUUCCAGACCUGGUUUUACCUUGAAUCACGAACGAGCCACGGGGAUCCUGUGUCGUUCUCGAGAUUCCCAACCAUGAAAAAGCCUCGCGCCAUGCCAUGCUACGCUACGUCUAACCUAGCCUCGCCUCGCCUCGCCACGCGUCGUCUCGCGUCUUGUUUCGUGUCUCUACAGAGAGACUCUCCUUUAACAAGUUCCUUAGCGUCGGUGAAAAACUCUACCAGUCGCGUCGAUCGAAACGAAUUUUCUCGAUCGCGCGCGAACGUCGUCUAAUUUCACCGACAGUAUCGUUUGUCCUUUGCCGCUUGUCGUGUCGCACGAUAUCCUUAGCAUCUUAUAAGGAGACCCUAGGUGCAGAGUCGGGCUGGUCGAUGAGGUUUUGCACAGUGAUAGAGCUUCGAGUACGGAAGCCAGUGAUUGUGGUAAUACGAUUAAUAGUUUGCGAGAUAGUUAAUGUUAAAGUUUUGGUGGUCUAGUCAUCUGCAACAGUGAAGUAACAAGUUUUCAGCUAAGAGUAGGGUUACCAGCUGUACUCUUCUUGUGAUAGCGAAGCGACAUACUCUCAUGUUUCACUCGUCGAGUGUACUCCUUUAAUUGCAAAACUACUUGCAACGUACGUGGUUAUCUACUUUAAUCUGUGAUUUGAUUUUUGUGAUGUUACUAAUUGUAGGUCCUGGACGUUCGAUUAAAAUUUUGUAUUUAUGUCAAUGAAAAGUAUAUUCCAGAAUUUCUUUUAUUUCAUUGAAUACCUGCUAUAUUUUACACACAUCGACACUACAUCCCUUUCCCCUAGAUCUGACUUAUGGAUCGAUAUUUAUUAAAGUAUGUCUUACAUACUCUUCUUAUGAUCCAGGUAAAGGAAUUAAAAGGAGUGUAUUUGGUGAGGUGCUUGUCUCACCAUGUGCCAACAAUACUUGUCUGGUACAAAUUCAAGCCUACUAUAUGUAUAUGAUUAAAUAUUAAAAGUCUUAAAUUCCUUCAUUUUAUUCCCAUUUAUAGAAUAGACAUUUUAGUCAUAUCACGAAUUGAAAAUUAACGAAAAUAGAAAACAAACAUAAUUAUGAUAGAAACUUGUAUUCAUAUACAAAUAUAAAAUAUACGAAAGAAAGAAAAGAAUAGUUAUCGCUAUUACUGUGCAGAACCUCAUCGACCAUUCUUAGUACUUACUUGGUACUAAUAGUUUCCUCGUUGGUAUUUGCCGUCGUCGUAGUGCUAAGGUUAUCGAACGAUUCGCACGGCGACGACUCGAUUUCGAUUUCGCGAGUGUAACCGACGGGUUAGGGUGUCGCGAUCGUCGCGGAGGAUCCUUGUUAGCAUAUCGUAUCGUAUUCUAGUCGUCGCACCUAACACGCGUACCAAGAGAUACAGUGGGUCAACAAAGUAUUUUUGUAAACGAUAAAAAGCUUUCUUGAUCCAGUGUACAUCGGAGAUUCGAUCUUUCAACGAAUCUGAUCGCUUCGUGACGAUUCGGACGAAGAAACGACUCGCGAACCACCAAAGCCAUCCACGAGUCGCUUUCGAAAUCUACAUAGGGUACAUUUUAUAUUUAUAACGACACCAACGAAAAUAAACUGAAUCGAUCGAUUUUCUCGUAUCCA